UACUCUGACUGUGAUGAAGAGUUGUGAAGAGGCGUAACCAGAAACAAACGGGGAAAACUCAGGAGUUCAGUCGUUAUCCCCGAACACAUCUGUCGAAUUACAGACUGGACCUUCUCCGUUACUUUUCCUCCGUGUCGGAGGUGGAGGUUUACGGUCCCGGGAAACUCUAGAUGUUUCGGGUCUGACGCAGACCGAGAGGCUGGGGGCUAAGCUAACAGCUCAUUACUAGAGCAGAUGGCUAGGCUAAGCUAGGCUAGGCUAAUAGCUCCUUGCUAGAGCAGCGGGAAGGCUAGGGUAGAGUAACAGCUUCUGUUGUGACUGGACCUUGAACUUGGAGAAACUUUUAUAAAAGCAGUAGGAGCUUGAUUGUUAAGAUAUUCGUUUUCAGUUUCUGAGAAGAUAAAAUACUUUAUUUUGCUUUGCUUUUGUGGUGGAAGCAGUUGUCUUAUCGUGGUAGCAGGCUUUGUCAGCAGCCAGAAAGACCGCUCGGCCGGAGCGCGGAUUCGUCCAGGACCCCCGCAUGUGAGAGCCCUGCUGGGCUUGGUGAUCUCAGAAGGACUCGCUGAUAGCGGUGCUGCUUUCUCUGGACGCUGUGCUCCCCAGAGGAUAGUUAGCAUGGAGGCUGCGGAGCCCCACCGCGGCAACUCGGAGCGGUUACAUAACGGCAGCAGGUCGGCAGAGAAGCGGCUGAACGUCUCCUCCUCCUCCGCCUCCUCCUCAGCUCCACUGUGACACUUCUGCACGCAAACAGACCCGCAACAGCAGCAGCAGCGACACGACGCCGACAGCCGCAGCAUGGAGGCGGUGUGACUGCUGGCAGGCUGAACCCGCUCAGAAGAUGGAGUCCAACCCGCUGAUUAACGCUUUGGACCCGUCCAUCACCCUGUGGCAGUUCCUGCUGCACCUGCUGGAGGACCAGCGCCAGCGCCACCUGAUCUCCUGGACCGGCGAGGACGGAGAGUUCAAGCUGCUGGACGCAGAGGAGGUGGCCCGUCUCUGGGGGCUGCGCAAGAACAAGCACAACAUGAACUACGACAAGUUGAGCCGCGCACUGCGCUACUACUACGACAAGAACAUCAUCAAGAAGGUCAGCGGUCAGAAGUUCGUCUAUAAGUUUGUGAGCCAGCCCGACCCAGCGCCAGCAGACGGGCCUCGCGGCGCUGAGGAGGUCCCGAAGAAAGACGCCUGCGACCCAAUCAGCCAGCUGAAAGGCCUGGGGGGCGUGGCCUCGGUCUGCCAGUCAAAGGGCUCGGCCCAGCGCCCGGCGCCCGGCGGCGCCCAGAAGAGCUCCAGGAACGACUACAUGAAGUCCGGCCUCUACUCCACCUUCACCAUCCAAUCCCUGCAGGCCCCGCCCAACCCCCGCCCAAUCAAAUCGGAGCUGCUGCUGCAGCCGGACCCCGCCCCCAAGGCCAGAGAGGUGAGCCUGUUGCCAGAAGGCCGGCCCUCCCCUCCAGCUGGUGGCGCUGUGGACUCGCUGCAGCUCGCCCCCCAGGCCUCGCCCCACCCCGCGCCGGCGCUCAGCCCGCAGGCCGCUGCCAGCAGCCAAUCACAGAACCCCCCCGGCCCUCCUCUCAACGAACCCCCCCACAUCUACCUCACCAGCGUGGGCGACUCGCCCCCUUUCGCCCCCCUGCUCCCCAUGGCUCCCGGCGGGGGCCGAGGUCUGGGCUCCGCCCCUGACGGGCCGCCGGCCCCCCUGCUGGAUGACCCCGCGGCCCCCCCGCACCACCCUGUGUUCGUCAUCAUCAACCCGUCGCCCCCUCCCCAGGCCCCGCCCCCACCCGUCGUCAUCAAAGAGGAGAACCUGCCGUCGGAGGAGGAGCUGCUGGAGAUGGUGACCCUGCAGAGGAAGCCGGCGGACCAGGUUCCCCAGCUCGUCUGUGGCCCAGCAGAACCAGAACCACUCAUCACCAUCGUGGAGAGCCCCCCUCCUCCUGGGCUGGACGCCCAGCAGGAAGUGGUAGGGGGCGGGGCCAAGGAUUCUCUAGCAGAGCCCUUCGUUGCCACAGUAACGUGCUCCUCCUCAUCUUCGGCGUCGACCUCGCCGUCCUGCGCCGGCCCGCCCAAACCCAAGAAGCCCCGGAUCCUGGAGCUGCCGUCCUCACCCUCCCUGCCGCCAGGCCUCUCCCUGGAUAAGGUGAACGCCGCCGUCAACAGUCUGUUGGCGCCGGGCGCCCCCAACACUCUGACGCCGACCGUUAUCACCUCCCACGCCCUGACCCCGGUGCUGCUGACCCCCAGUGCUCUUCCCUCCACCAUCCACUUCUGGAGCACGCUCAGUCCCAUCGCCCCGCGCUCACCGGCCAAGCUGUCCUUCCAGUUUCCGGCCAACGGCAGCAACCAGAUCCACAUCCCGGCGCUGAGCGUGGACGGACUCUCCACCCCGGUGGUUCUGUCCCCGGGCCCCCAGAAGCCCUGAUCCCGACCCCAGGACUCCCUUUGGACCGAAUCCUGAGGCGCUUCCGCAGCGCCACCUGCUGGAGACAGGUGAAGAUGAUGAUGCCAGGUGGACGGCCUUCAUCCUCAUUAAAACCCUCGUCUUCGUCAGAAUGGUGCUGGGCGACGCCGGGAACCCAAAGCAUCCGGAACCAACCAGAAACUGAAGCCGGACGGUGGUUGACUGGUUUCUCUGUAACCAUGGCAACACCCAUCAGCACCGCACCGGUCUGAGAACCGGGAGGAAAGGUCGGCGCAGCCGGAACUUUGGGAUUCUGUUUAUUUAUGCUGGAUUUGCUCCAGACGUUCCUGAUCCGACUUGGGUCGGAUUAAAGAUCCAUUUUACAGACCGAGCUCUGCUCUGAUUGGCCACGCCUUACCUGCAACGGACCAAUCACAGAGCAGCGUCCUCCCUGCAGGGGGCGCUCACAUUCCUCCUCCUGGAUUUCAGAUCUAAACUGUAAAUAUUCCUCUGUUGCCACAGAUCGGUUCUGUUGAGGCGGGUUCGAUCAGAACCCCUGAACUGGUUCUGGUUGCCAUAGUAACUCGUUGAUCCACAAUGGAUCUUUGCUAAAACUGAUGUUUUUGGUCCAGAACCAGAGUGCUUAGUCUGGAUUGUUCCGCUUGAUCUGAUCAGAACCUCAAACCCAGCCGCUGUAGAGCGGUUCCGACGGUCUUUAAGGGUUCCAGUUUCAGGAAUAUCGGACCAUUUCUGUCCGGAGAAUGUUGAACUAACGGAGAACUCCGACCUUUAGGAUCUACCGACCGGAUUGGACCGGAUUCAGGAAGUUUCUGAGCUGGAAGCUGGAAAAUCUGAUUCCAGAGGAAAAGAUGAAAUUCUGUGUUUAUAAAAGAAAAACUGUUUGAGUCAAAAUGUUGAACGUUUUUCAGGACGAAAUAUUGUUGAGCGGCUCUGAUGAAGGAGCGGCGAGCGGCACUUUACUGAGGAGGAGGAGGAGGAUGAAGGUGGAGGGUGAGAUUCUCCAGUUUGGAGAAGAAACCAUCUGACUGUUGCUAGCUGUGGUUGCCACGGUAACCUGACAUGACUGUUGCUGUUGCCUUCAUAGUGUUUCUGAGUCGCUGAGGUUGGGUCAGACCCACCUGGACUGGAUCCGUUCCCUCGCACAGGUCCAAUCAGUCAGCAGGUACGAUACGCGCAGCGUCCACCGAACGCAGUGUCCUGCACGCUCGGACCCACUUAGACGGUAUCCUUGUACGUAUCUGACCUUUCCCUGUUGCACUCCGACUUGGACGGACUCUCAUACCAGACAUGGUCUCGGAUUUGGACACAGCCGGGUCACAGACGCCAUGUUUGGACCUUCAACCCUUCAGACUCGGACCAUCAGAACCUGUUGCUGUUCAGAAACCCGGUCCUGAUGAGGAACCGGGAUUUCUGAGGUUGGGUUCCUUUGGCCCGAGUUCUGGUGCUGACUGUGUCCUGAUGAUGGGGCUUCCCAGCCUCUGCGGGUCCCUGAAUGCAGCAUGACUCUAUUUUUCUACCAGAGAUCCGAGUUUAUUUUGUUCUCAAAGUUGCCUUAAAGAUCCUGAGCAGCAGGAAGGAGGUUCUGGAAGAUUCUGUCCGACCAAGAAGCCAUGUUUGUGGACCAGAACAUUUCUCUCACCAGCAGAACCUGAAGAAUGUCUCCACACUGAUCACUCAGCAUUUCCUCCUGCUGCUCCGUGUGGUUCUGUUUGAUGGAACUGGACCCGACUUCUGAAGGUAUCUGCAGAACCCGAAGCUCCAUUCAGACCCGACUCGUUUCUGUGUGCGGGUGUGACCCAUUUAGCUCCGUCUGUCUGAGGUUCUUCUCUGCUGGAGCCGAUGGAGAACCUGGCAGGUGUCUGCUGAGCAGAACCUAAAGGUUUGGUUUUGACCUGAAGGGAUCUGAUGGAGGCUUCAGCAGAACCUCAGAGUCUCUGUUUACCCGGUUCCUUGGGCCAGAACAUCCUGAGUCACUAUCCCUGUUCCAUGACGGGGCUUCAAAGCCCCACGACCCGUCUGACGACACUAAAGUCUUUAGAUGUGACACCGCCGUCAGGUGGUCCCUGGCUCCGCCUCCUGUAGGUCAGGUGGUCCCUGGCUCCGCCUCCUGGUGGUGCUGAUGUUCUAGAGUUUUCUUUCUGACCUGCUGAUCUUCUUUUAUUACUUCAGUGUGGUGGGCGGGGCUAAAACCCUAUUUGUGUUAUGUCCCAUGAUGCUUUGCAGACAGGAAGCUCCAGAACGUUUUCUGUACAUACAUGAUGCUCCUGAUCACAUGACUGUUUAACCUGUGCUAUGUGACUGGGCCGACCAAUGACAUGUUUCUGUCGUCACUCCUCAAGGCAUGGCCCCGCCCCUCCUCGGCUGCCAUUGGCUGGAGGGUUGAUUGAUGUAAAGGGGCGGGGCCUGCGUUUAUUUUUCUGGGUCUGACGACAAACUUUAAAUCAAAAGAUAUUUUUAUUUGAUGUAAACGUUGUUUUCUACAAUCGCAUCAGGAAAUAAAGAUUCAUCCGAGUCUC